CACACGUGCGGUUACUAGAAAACCUAGGUUAUAUUUUCCAUUGAAUCUGAAAACAACAUGGACGUUGUGAGUAAGGUGUUACAAAAUUCGGCCCUAGAGGCCCAAAAUUUCAAGCCGAUUACUGUGAAGAAACACUUAGAACUGGAAUUUGACUUAGGAACGCUAUUGGCCGUGGAUAAUAAUGAUUUCGACGCGAAAUUGUACAAAAGGAAACAAAACGAUUAUCUCUUAGACUUGGCCAGGGACAACACGCAACUUCUUCUUAAUCAGAUUUGGGAAUUACCGACGGAACGAGUGGAAGAAGCUAUAGUUGUAAAAUUACCUCCCCAAAAAACAAUUUUGCCCAGAUUUAAGCCUGUUCCUAAGCCCAAACCGCUGACUAAAUGGCAACAAUUUGCAAAGGAUAAAGGUAUACAGAAGAAAAAGAAGAGUAAACUAUCUUGGGAUGAACAGCUGCAAAAAUGGGUUCCGUUAUAUGGUUUCAAACGGGCACAAGCACAGAAAGAUAAAGAUUGGUUAAUAGAAGUGCCAGACAAUGCAGACCCUAUGGAAGACCAGUUUGCCAAAAAAAUAACGGCCAAAAGUGAAAAUGUUGCAAAGAAUGAAUUACAAAGAAUGAGGAACAUUGCCAAAGCAAAGAAUGUUAAAGUGCCCAGAUUUGGUUUAACAAAUUCAGAUGCCUCUUCAGCUAAAGAUUUGCAAACAGCAGUGACAGUGGCCAAAGCAUCCACAGCUAGUUUAGGUAAAUUCCAAAAUAAAUUGCCGAAAGAGAAGGAAGCCAGAGGAGUGGCUGAUAUAACACCAGGUCAAUCAAGAAAGCGAAAGUUGCCCCCAGUUUCAGGUUCACAUGAAAGAGUACACAAUUUGGAGAUUGUUGAAAAUGUUCUCAACAAAAGGCCAAAAGUGGACAUUGAAAAAGCUGUUUCCAUACAAAUGCAACAGAGGUCAGAAGAAAAAGAAGAGAAGCCACGCGCCAAUAAAAGUGGCAAGAAGCCAAAAUCCAAAAGUGGGAAGAAAGGCAAGAAAACACAUGGACGGAAACGUCGCUAGGAAUUAAUUAAUUAUUAGUUGUAGACUAUCCACCUUAUCCUUUACGGCCGCCUCUGUUUCUUCACCUUUAGGAACAUUAACCUUUUCUCUUUCGGCAUACAGUUUCAUCAUUUGGAGCAGAUACUGGAAGAAUUCGUUACGGUUCUUUUUUACUACGGGAUCGCUCGACUUCAUGCUACAAAGGCGUGCCAUCCAUUUUCUACAUAUACCCUUGUCUGGAAAAUGUGUACAUAUUUAGAUUUAAGUUUUAGGUAUAAAGUAUUUUGUAUCAUAUAGAGGUAACAGCAAAUGUGACAGGAUUGGGAUAAAAUAAUUUUAAUCAAAAAAUAGAGUAGAAUUGUUUUAAACCAAAAUCUGAUACUCAAAUAACUGUAAUAAAUGUUCUGUUUGAUAGACUAGAUUCUAUUUUUAUAGAGCAUAAAUGCAUUUCAUGUUUGUAUUGACAAUAUUUAUUAAACUAGUUUUAAUAAUAAUUUGUUGUAAUAAAAUACGUUAUACAAUUAAAUGUUAAGAUAAAA